GAUAAUAAUGGUGACAGACGUGCAGCUGGCAAUAUUUGCCAACAUGCUUGGCGUGUCAUUGUUCCUGCUGGUUGUGUUAUAUCACUACGUUGCUGUCAAUAACCCCAAGAAGCAGGAGUAGGGUCCGCCAAUAUGACCGGAGAGGUGAGAUGGGACUCGGUGUCACCACCAUGGAAACAACAUUCCCAUCUUUGAAUUUCUUUGUACGAUUGCACAGUAGUGUUUUUUCUAAUAAAAAUGUGUGAAAUUC